GCAUGACAACAUCAUAGCCCGUUGGUCAAGCCUUCAACUUUUUCACUUUCUUGCUCAAAUCUAUUACAUAUUCUAAUACACCAUGUCUCGCGCAGCAAAAUUGGCCGAGCUGCGGGCUCUGCGCGCUGCUGGCAAGACGCGCAUGUCCACGUACGAAGUAGCCGAAGAGGAGGAUCUGUACGAUGAGGUCGAUGAAGACGGGUACAAGAAGAUUGUGCGUAACAGACUGGACCAGGACGACUUCAUUGUCGACGACAAUGGCGAGGGUUACGUCGAUGACGGCCGGGAAGAGUGGGAGGAUGGACAGGGCCGGUACCGUUAUGCUGCCACUGAUAGUGAGGGAGAAGACGACCGGCCCGCCAAAGGAAAAGCUGCCAAGCGGAAACGGGAGGAAGACAAGGAGAAGCAGGAGAAGAUAGACAACGGUAUCAGCAAAUACUUCAGCGGGAAGGCUGCGGCAAAAGCACCAAAACCCAAGCCUGUUGCGACGGCCGCCGACAAAGACUUCAUGCAGGACCUACUAGGCGAAAUCGACACAAUUCCCAUCCGCCACUCUGCGUCCCGCACACGAUCCGUUAAGACUGAGACACGACGAAAGAUACGUGUGUUAUCACCUACCAUAUCCGAGAUGCGACCAGCUAUAAAGAAACGGCGCAGUGAUGACUCGGACGCACAAAUGCCAGAUACCCCGCCAGCAGCGAAUGCCUAUGCAGAUGACGACGACCUUCCUACGUUCGAUGAUGAUGCGCCCAUGAGCGAUCUUCCUCUACCAUCCUCGCCUGUUACCAAGGCUGUUGAGAGAAAAUCGCAACCCGUUGUCAAAUUCGAGGAAGAAGAGGAAGAUCUGAUGGAGGUAGCUCAGCCCAUUGGGCAUCAUGGUGUGCCUGCUGUUAGUGUGAACAUGGCCGGAAAACGGCCGAUCGCCAGGAUCAGGAAAGCGGACUAUCCUACACCAGUCGGGUCCUCUCCAGUAGGACCUUCUGCCACUUCUGUAGAUGCCUCUUCCUGGAGCGAUGUAACCAGCAAACUUAACGUCGUGAGCAGCCCCGCACCACAAACUACUGGUGUUGGCAAGAUGAAGCCGGAACACGCCCUGGAAGAGGACGGUAGCUUACGGAUGUUCUGGAUGGAUUACACUGAGAUCAAUGGUAGCUUGUGCCUUUUUGGCAAGGUCAAAGACAAGAGCACAGGAAAUUAUGCGAGUUGCUUCAUGAAGGUUGACAACAUCUUUCGAAAGUUGUUCUUCUUGCCUCGAGAACAUCGUCAUGUAAGAGGAUCGGCCACAGACCAAGAGGUUGAGAUGACCGAUGUGUACGACGAGGUGGACGCGAUCAUGACUAGGCACCGCGUUAGCAUGCACAAGAUCAAGCCAUGCAUAAGAAAGUAUGCAUUUGAACUGCCAGAUAUACCCAAGGAAGGCGAUUAUCUCAAGCUGCUCUACGGUUAUGACAAGCUGCCGCUUUCUACCGACCUGGCCGGAGAGACAUUCUCGCAUGUUUUCGGAACCAACACUUCGUUAUUCGAGCAGUUUGUUCUCUGGAAAAAUGUCAUGGGUCCUUGUUGGCUCAAGAUCGACGCUCCGGAUUUUGGCGCUAUUAGCAAUGCCUCAUGGUGCAAAUUGGAGCUCCAGGUGAACAAACCUGCGAACAUUUCCGUACUGAGUAACUCGGAUAAUCUGGAUGCACCCCCUAUGACUCUCAUGAGUCUCUCGCUACGCACGACUUUCAACGCGAAAGACAACAAGCAGGAAAUUCUCAUGGUAAGCGCCAUGGUGUACGACAAUUUCUCCUUAACGGAUACCACCCCCGUCGAUGAAAUGCAAUGUAAGAGUUUCACGAUUAUGCGGCCAAACGGCACAUCCUACCCGACCGGAUUCCAGACCGAAGCACAGAAGCUGAAGGGCAAUUUUAUGUUUAUGAAGACAGAGAAAGAACUUCUCAGCCUGCUUAUGGCCAUGUUCCAGCGACACGACCCAGAUUGUCUCGUUGGCCAUCGUCUGGAUGAUGUGGAUUACAGCACGCUGCUCAAUCGUCUGCGUGAGAACAAGACUCCUGGCUGGCACCGCAUUGGACGUGUCAAGAGGAGCGACUGGCCUAAGAACAUGGGCAAGGGCGGUGGUAGCUUCUUUGCCGAAAAACAGUUAGCUUCUGGCCGCUUGCUUUGCGACUUGGCCAACGAUCUCGGAAAGUCUCUCAUGACUAAAUGCCAAUCUUGGAGUUUGGAAGAGAUGUGCCAGCUUGUUCUCAACAAACGACGCGAGGAACUCGACAACGAGGCUGCCCUGAAAAGUUGGGCAACGACUAAAGAAGGCCUACUUAAUUAUGUCAAGCAUUGCCAAGCUGACGCGUACUUCAUCGCCGCAAUCUCCAUGAAGGUGCAGAUGCUUCCUCUCACUAAGGUUCUGACCAAUCUUGCUGGUAAUUCUUGGGCUCGAACAUUGAGUGGUACACGUGCCGAGCGCAACGAGUACAUUCUGCUCCACGAAUUUCACAAGAACAAGUACAUUUGUCCAGACAAGCAAUGGGGCAAAAGCAAAAUCAAGGUUGAAGAAGAAGCAGCCGAAGGUGAAGAAGGUGCAGAUGCAAAGAAGAAGGACAAGUUCAAGGGUGGUCUGGUUUUCGAGCCUGAGAAAGGCUUGUACGACAAGUUUAUCCUAGUCAUGGACUUCAACUCUCUGUAUCCCAGUAUCAUCCAGGAGUUCAACAUUUGCUUCACGACAGUCGAACGAGCCGAUCUUUCCGAAGAGGACGACAAGGUACCUGAGGUUCCGGAUACGAACCAGGAUCAAGGCAUUCUGCCUCGUCUGAUUGCUACACUUGUUUCUCGUCGUAAAGAAGUGAAGAAACUAAUGAAGACGCCGAACGCUACCCCAGAUCAGCUGGCUACUUGGGACAUCAAGCAGCUUGCCUUAAAGCUUACAGCCAACUCUAUGUACGGAUGUUUAGGAUACACGAAGUCACGUUUCUACGCCCGGCCACUCGCCAUGCUUACCACGUACAAGGGUCGAGAGAUUCUUCGACGGACGAAGGAUAUGGCUGAGGAGAAGAUGUUACGUGUCAUCUAUGGUGAUACAGACUCCGUUAUGAUCAAUACAAACGUGGACAACAUCCAGGAUGCGCUGAAACUAGGAAAUGAGUUCAAGAAGGAUGUCAAUAAUAGCUACAAGCUUCUGGAGAUCGACAUUGACAACGUGUUCCGUCGCAUUUUACUUCAUGCGAAGAAGAAGUAUGCAGCUAUCAACAUGGUACCUGUUGAUGGCAAGUACAUCGAAAAGCUCGAAGUCAAGGGUCUGGAUAUGAGGCGCAGAGAAUAUUGUGCCUUGUCGAAAGAAACGUCAACCGAGCUUCUCAACUUCCUCCUCAGCGGCGAAGACCCCGAAAUCGUAGUCGAAAAGAUUCACAACCAUCUCCGUGAACUCUCGAAACAGAUGCGCGAGUACACUAUCCCGACUCGCAAAUACACAAUUUAUACGCAACUCGGCAAGAACCCCAAGGACUAUCCUAACGGCAACAGCAUGCCAUCCGUCCAAGUUGCCCUGCGUCUUGAGGCAAAGGGGAAGAUGGUCAAAGCCAAGGACGUCAUGAGCUUCAUCAUCACAGGCGACUCGUCAGGCUCUGCAGAAAACGCUGCGAAGAACGCAUACCCUGUGGAUGAGGUACUCAAGAGUGACAAUGAAUUGAAACCGGAUGUGGAGUACUACCUGCACAAGCAGAUCCUUCCGCCAGUAGAAAGAUUAUGUGCACCUAUUGGUGGGACGAAUAUCACUCUCCUCGCCGCAUGCCUAGGUCUCGAUACAUCAAAGUACCGUGUCUCAACAGCCUCCGGAGCCGCGCAACAAGACACCGAGGUACAUCCCUUGGAAUCUCAAAUCCCGGAUUCGGUGCGUUUCCAGGCUUGUACACCAUUGUGGCUGCGCUGCCGGGCGUGUACCACUGUAUUCCCCUUCGGUGGUGUCUCCUCCUCCUCCUCAGCGGUCACACAUGGUGGCAUCCAAUGUCCAGACUCAUCCUGCGCCACCGUCCUCCAAACACUCUCUGUCGUCGCGCAGCUAGAAAGCGCGAUUCGCCAACUCCUUGCUACAUACUACGCCGGCUACCUCGUCUGCGAUGAUCCCGCAUGCAGCAAUCGCACACGCAGCAUGUCAGUUUACGGAUCGCGCUGCCUGGGUCCGAAGGGGCUGGCCAAGGAAUGUUUGGGUAAAAUGCAUUAUGAGUUCAGAGAAAAGGAUGUUUGGAAUCAGUUACUGUAUUUCCAGUCCCUUUUCGAUGUUGACCGUGUGGGGAAAGGUGAUGGCGGCGGCGUCGGGACAGUUGUUCUUGAGGGUGAGAAGAAGGAGAAGAUGAAGGUCCUUGCUGAAAUCAACCGUGAGAGACUUGGCACAUUGAAGAGUGUUGUGGACAAGUGGCUGGAGAGAAAUGGAAGGCAGUGGGUGCAAAUGGAUAGCCUGUUUUCCUUUGCGCUGAAGGCGUAGUGUUUGGGAUAUAGAUCAUGUUGUCAUGAUUGCGUGGUUCUGGGUGCUCGUGGUCCGCUUUUGGAUAAGGUGUUUCGCUGCAUAUUCAACGUCCUCCUUGAAUUAGUGUGGCUCGAAAUAUUAUUCCGUCGUUCUUGUUUCCAAAUAAUAAAAACACACUUCACCCGAU